ACUGGUGACUGCACUGGAUGAUGAGGCGCUGCUAAUCACCGACUACAUGAACGACAUGGCUAAAUCGAAGGUACAUUUUGAUGACGUGUCCCUCUAUGGUACACCGAAGGAGGAACCGCUUCCCAAUAUUCCUCCUUCCAUAGAGAAACCGUCAUCGAAUUUCUUAAAGAAUCAGCUGCAAGCAUGGUUCCAACCGACCGACAAUCGGCUUGCCAUGAAGCUGUUUGGCAGCAAAAAGGCGCUAGUGAAGGAACGAAUUCGCCAGAAAACGGCUGGCCACUGGGUCAUACAUCCGUGCAGUUCAUUUAGAUUUUACUGGGAUUUGUGCAUGUUGCUUUUGCUAGUAGCAAACUUGAUCAUCUUACCCGUAGCGAUAUCAUUUUUCAACGACGACCUGAGCACCAGAUGGAUCGCAUUCAAUUGCUUGAGUGAUACAAUCUUCCUUGUCGAUAUAGUGGUCAAUUUUAGAACAGGUAUUAUGCAGCAGGAUAAUGCGGAGCAGGUGAUACUCGACCCGAAGCUUAUUGCAAAGCACUAUCUGAAGACGUGGUUUUUCCUGGAUUUAAUAUCGUCCAUACCGCUCGAUUACAUUUUUUUAAUAUUCAAUCAGGAUUUCUCCGAUUCGUUUCAACUGCUACACGCUGGCCGAGCCUUGCGCAUACUUAGACUGGCCAAGCUGCUGUCGCUGGUGAGGCUUCUGCGGCUUUCCCGGCUCGUGCGCUACGUCUCCCAGUGGGAGGAAGUCUAUUUUCUCAACAUGGCGUCAGUGUUCAUGCGAAUUUUUAACCUAAUUUGUAUGAUGUUACUGAUCGGUCACUGGAGCGGUUGCUUACAGUUUCUCGUGCCGAUGCUGCAAGGUUUUCCAUCCAACUCUUGGGUGGCAAUCAAUGAACUACAGGAAGCUUACUGGUUAGAGCAAUACUCAUGGGCACUGUUCAAAGCGAUGUCGCACAUGCUUUGCAUAGGAUAUGGAAGAUUUCCCCCUCAAUCACUGACAGAUAUGUGGCUUACGAUGCUUUCGAUGAUAUCUGGUGCCACCUGCUACGCCUUAUUCCUUGGACAUGCUACCAAUCUUAUCCAGAGUCUGGACUCUAGUAGACGUCAAUAUCGCGAAAAGGUAAAACAAGUGGAAGAGUACAUGGCGUACCGGAAGUUACCGCGCGAUAUGCGAACAAGAAUCACUGAAUAUUUCGAGCAUCGGUACCAAGGUAAAUUUUUCGACGAAGAAUGCAUUCUCGGCGAGCUGAGCGAAAAACUGCGGGAAGAUGUGAUAAACUACAACUGUAGGUCCUUAGUUGCUUCAGUGCCUUUUUUCGCGAACGCUGAUUCUAAUUUUGUAUCAGAUGUAGUGACUAAACUUAGAUACGAAGUUUUUCAACCUGGUGAUAUUAUAAUUAAGGAGGGAACUAUAGGAUCAAAAAUGUAUUUUAUUCAAGAAGGCAUUGUAGAUAUCGUCAUGGCUAAUGGAGAGGUCGCUACAUCACUGUCGGAUGGAUCAUACUUCGGAGAAAUCUGUCUGCUAACGAACGCCAGAAGAGUCGCCAGCGUUCGUGCCGAAACCUACUGCAAUUUAUUUUCACUCAGCGUUGAUCACUUCAAUGCGGUACUGGACCAAUACCCACUGAUGCGCAAAACGAUGGAAACGGUGGCCGCCGAACGGUUAAACAAGAUUGGCAAAAAUCCCAACAUAAUGGCACAGAAGGAGGAAUCGGAAUCGGGCAAUACGGAAACCAAUCAAAUUAGUGCUGUAGUGAAUGCUUUAGCUGCUGAAGCUGAUAAUGUAGAUAAUUUAAGCAUGAAGAAGGGCACAUCGCAAUCCAGCUUGAACGAGCUCAACCAAAGCUUGAAGAUGAGCUUACCCCGGCCGAAGAGCGGCGAGUUUAGGGCCCUUUUUGAGGGCUGCAGUCCGUAAAGCUGGCCGUUUGCAGCGGGAUGUCACACCCCGGUUUCGCGUCGACCGCGUACAGACCGCUGGGAGACCGGGGUUUGCACUGCGUCUACGUAAAUCUACGCCACGGCGUAACCCCUCAUGAUCGCAAUGAUGAUGGCGGUGAUCAUCACGUGAAUCAUGACGGACGAUCGCGAACGAUCGACGAAGGCAAACACAACACACACACCCAAAAACAAAACACACAAUGAUCAAAUCAAGCAAUGAAAUAAUGGCAUCUACUCUUUUAGCGCAUAAGUUAGUGGACAAGCAAACGGACGUAACAGACCUAGACACGCGCGUCGGUGUAGUGCACCGACGUCUAUCACACACAUACUACAAUGACGGUAAGGACGCGUUGCGUUACGUUUAUGGUGCAAUACUUCGUAGUGGUUUUGUUGUCGAUCUUAGUUUUUCUUCUUCGCGGGUUAGGGUAACGGCUUGUAGAAUGAAAUCCUGACAAAGUAUAUACAUACAUAUAUAUAUAUACAUAUACAUAUAGGCGUAUAAGACUAUACACAACAAAACACGCGCAUAAAUAAAUUAUACUUGCGAGGGGUGGAACACACACAAACAAACAAAAAAAAAACAGUAGAUAAGCGUAGCGCCAACACACACUCUUCUUUAGUUCUCUUCGGCGAAUAUAUAGUGGUAGUAGUGGCCCCGCGCCCCGCAGGACAGCAUUUAGCGGACGAUGCGGAAAGAGCAAAAGCACCAGCCAGUGUUAUUGUUGUUGUUGAAGUAGCGAAAAACAGGGAAAACAAACAGAUGGUAGCAAACCACAAAAUGGAGCUACAAUUACAAAUGCACCAUACAACACACAACAACAGCGCAGCAACGAGAAUGGGAAACGAGCGCGAAAAACAAUAGACAAAACUUUCGUUUCCUGCACUCAUCGGUAGUAUACUCAGGACCGCACACUAUGCACAACAUAACCUUCUGCGAGCAAAGCUCUUGUUGCUCAGCGAGAUGGUACGGACAAGGGGAGGACGCUUGCGCCGCCUUGAUGUUGGGCAAGCUUGUUUUUUUGGUUAGGUUUUCUGUUUGUGCGCGCUUGUUUGCGAAGCAGAAGACGUGCGGGCGGAACCGGUAAAAUUGCACAAAGAAUGUACUAAAGCACAGCGCAAUGGCGCACACCGUAAGGAUAAAACAGGCAAACAAAAUGGGAAGAACGGGAACGUUAGAACAAUACCAGAGGGGAAGAGAACGAGAGAAAAACAAAACCAUUAUUUACCUUGCGUGUUGAGGGAGUGGAGCGGGAUGGGUUGAGGGUAAAGGAGAGAAGGGAAGAUGUGGUGCUUGGCGGAAGUGUUGAAGGGGUAGGAACAAUUAACAUGGGGAAUUAGAAGGGGCCUUAGGCGCAGGAAAGAGAAAAUCGUAAUUAAGUAGAGAUUUACAAACACUAAACAAAUACAACAAUUAAACAAAAUUACACAAACACAGUGACACAAUAAUAUAUAUAUUAUAUAUACACGUGGGUAGGAAUGUAAAUUGCGGUGCCAAUAGCACGGAAACCAGCAGGAACCUGCUGUCAGUAUGUGGCAAUUUGCACCGACGGGGCUAGGGUGGGAGUAAACCGACUAGAAACAGGGCAGGGAAUGGGUAAGACACGACCGGGCGGGGAAGUAGGGUACACGGGUAGGCAUCACAGCAUGGGGCGAAGCGUUGUAAAGUGGAGCAGCGAAACAACUUGUAGGUGAAAAACGAAUUAUAAAGCAAAUCAAAACAACUUGUUCACAAACGAAACAGUAAGACACAACAAAAAAAAAACGCUAAAAUAAGCUAAAGAUAGAAGCGAGAAGCAUGAGAGAAAAAAAAACCAUUCACAAACAAAAGAGCAAUGCGCGCUGUAACACGCAUAUUGCACGCAGGCAGCGCCAAUAUUGGAUCAAAUCAAAAUGUGUAAUGUGUUUUCAAUGCACAAAAAGCAUUAAGGGUAAGGGGUGGCGAACAGCCCUGCCCGCUCAACGACGAGGGAGCAAAACCUUUCAGAACGGUAACAGAACUCUACAACAGUCGCAUUGGUAAGCAAACUGGGUAACGGUUUAGUAGUGUUACAGUAAUAGUAGGCCAUGCAAAGGAACGAUGCAGAUAAAGGGUAGGGGAAAACAAUAAGCAAAAGCGUGCAAAAGAAAAUGGCCGGAUCGGCGAAGGUUUAGCGGGGUUUAGUUGUUGCGUUCUUCAUUUAUGUGUCUCGUCUAAUUCGAAUUUUUCCUAUUUAAGUCCGGUAGUGUGUAAUUGCAGUGACAACAAGAAACAAAAAAAGAUGAAAAAUAAGCAGAAACAACAUUUCUUUCUUAGUAGACAAAUCCGCAAACAGCAGCAGCAGCAGCAGAAGGUGCAGUUAUGUUUGCCGUGAUACAGCAGCUCUUUAGCAGAAACAACACAAACUAAAACUAAACAAUUAAAAAUCAGCUACACACACACACACACACGCUGAUAGGUGGUGGGUUGGGAGGGGAGUGUAGUUGAGAAGAGGCGAAGAAAGGGGCGGAACGUUUCCUCCCCUAUCUUUUUCCUAACCCACGGUGGCGUGGAAGGGGAAUGGGAAGGGUGUGGGUUACACCUGCCAUUCCUCCCUUUCUCCACCCCAUUUACACCCAUCCCAUCGUGUCAUAAGCAACAAAAUCUAUUUAGUGCAAUUUUGGGGGGUAGGCGGUAGGCAAAGAGAAGCGGGUGCUGGACACUGGGGUGGAAGGAAAUGCUUAAGCAAACCGUGACAACACAAACUCUCUCACGCUCCCCCGUUCAAAAAUCAAAACAAAAAGGAAACCCUCCCCAAAACAAAGCAAACAAAACAAACAACUCACAAAAAAGAGCGUUGUAGAUAUAGUUGAUCGUCGUUUCAUGAUAGUUUAUUCAGCAUUACUGAUAGAUUAGCUGGCUUACACUACUAAACAGUGAUUGUGAAUAAAAACCUAGA